CACGAUUCCCAGUUAUUGGAACUUUGGAACACAAUGAAUGUAGAAACUGAAGCUGCUGAAUGUUAUGAGGAACUAUUUCCUGCACUGAGACGACAAAAGGAAUGUGUGUUUUGCUGCAUAGCAUACGGCGAGGAUCCAUCAACAAGCAUUUUAUAUGAGGAUGACAAUUUUGUUGCCUUUCCUAACAUAACUCCAGCUGCUACUCAUCAUUACCUCAUCAUCCCUAAAGAACACAUAAGAGAUGGAAGCAAGCUUUCCGUGGAAUACAUCCCGAAACUGCGAAUGAUGGAAGCAAUUGGGAGAAAUGUACUUGCCCAACAAGGAGCUGGAGCAAAAUCACAAAGUGACUCAGGGUUCAUACUCUAUUUGGAUGAAAAAAUUCCAUGACUUUUCCAAGACUUUUUCAUGACUUCAUAAACAUUUUCAUGACCUUGUUACAUGAAGAGAAUAGCACUAUUUAAA